AUGUCGGCAACGUCGUUCGCGCAUACGAUGAGCGUAGCCCUCGCCCCCGCGCGCGGGAGAGGCGCAUCGAAGCAUCGUCGGGCGUCGCGUCUCGCGUCCUCCACGCGCGAUGACGCCCUGCGGGCCAUUUUACGCCUCGACGACGCCGCGCGCGAGCAACUGGAGACGUCGGUCGAGGGUCGAAGGGUCAUCGCCGAUAUCCCCCUCGACGUCCUCGCGGCGCGAGUGCGGGUGUUCUCGCGGUCGCUUCCACCGGCGUGCGCGGGGUUCGUCUUCGAUAUCAUAACGGAACGACCGGGUCUACUGUGCGACGACGAGUUCGCGAGCACGUCGGUGGCGACGGCGGCGUCCGUCUUGGGGGGCGACGAGAAGCUCGGGGAGCUGUGCGAGGAAUGCGCGCCGGCGUGCGCGCACGUGAUUUGGGAAAUCGGGUGUCUCGGGAAAAGCCGGGAAGGGCUGGCGCGGUCGUUGCGGGAGUGGGUGGGAAGAGAAGAGGGUUGGCAUCGAGUGUUCGUCUCUCGAGUCGCGUCCCAGUGGGGGUACCUACGAACGAUGCAGCGCACAGAGACGACGACGAUGGCCGGGAAAGGGGAAGUGUAUCGAAACGUGAGGACCGGAGAGAGCGUGACGUUCCGGGAGCAGACGAAGCAUUCCGUUUGA